UUACUGAAAUUGACACUUUGGGUGAUUUUCAACGGCUAUCCAUACAGGUGCGCCUGGACAUUUGUGCGUAAUAUGCGGGCAGAAAAUAAUGCGUGUUUAUUACGCAUGAUGUUUGGAGGCAGAACUGCGCGUCUACAGCAGAAUGGCUCUGCAUCUCACACAAUGAAAACCGUGGAACUGGGGCAUGAAUUGACUUUAACACAGCGGACAAAAUAAGCUGGUGUAGUCUGUAGCAGAUUCACGGGGAUAAAACGACGUCUUGGUUUUCUGCAAUAACACAGGAUAACUGGAGCUGCGGGAGGUGGGUUUGAAGGAAGACUUCAGUUUUAAGGAUAAGGGAAAUCGUAUAAAUCCCAGAUGUGAAGGGACAGGUGCGUUUCGAGAUCUGCAACUCGUUUUUUUUUCUUUUUGCAAUCUGUUUUGUCUUUCGGCCGGAGCCUGUGAAAUGCAGCCUCUACCUGACAGAUGUGUGGCACCUCAACUGCAGCCUACAGAGAGCGUGUCCUGUCUACCUGCUGCUUAUCUGCUGUGGUUGCCUGUGGAGGACUGAGACGGCUAGAGCUGAAAAUCUCAUCAUCAUCAUCGUCAUCACCAUCAUCAUCAACAACGUCUGCCACUUCAAACACAACAAGACACAAGAGGACAGAGGCUGCAUUUGGCUGAUCAAAAUCACAACAGUCAGAAAGUACCUGUAGACGAUGACUCCAGCAGAGCUGCUUGCUUAAAAGCAGCAUGAGAUAAUUCUGGACUACCAUAUUAAUUGCUGAUUCAAGCUUUUCCCAUUUGGUGGUGAUGAAAAUGUACCAGUGUUGUUGUCAGUUGACUGACAGGGUUGCAGUGCUGUUCUAGGCCGGGACAUAGCCAGCAGCUGAAGCACAGACACCACGAAGAAGAUGGCUCGUCCAGGAUCAGGGUUGCUGGUACCUGUCAAUGGUCUGGGGUACCCCCCUCAGAACCUGGCCAGGGUGGUGGUCUGGGAGUGGUUGAACGAACAUGGGCGCUGGAGGCCCUACACUGCAGCGGUUUGCCACCAUAUUGAGAAUGUACUGAAGGGGGAUGCCCGGGGAACUGUAGUUCUAGGACAGGUGGAUGGCCAGCUCUCUCCUUACAUCAUCGACCUGCAGUCCAUGCACCAAUUUCGACAGGACACAGGCACAAUGAGACCAGUGCAGAGAAACUUCUACGAGCCGUCGUCUGCCCCGGGGAAAGGCGUAGUGUGGGAGUGGGAGAACGACAACGGCUCCUGGACUCCGUAUGACAUGGAGAUCUGUGUGACCAUCCAGAAUGCUUACGAGAAGCAGCACCCUUGGCUUGACCUGACCUCUCUGGGCUUCUGCUACCUCAUCGACUUCAACAGCAUGUGUCAGACCAACAGACAGAGCCAGCGCAAGCGACGCCUGCGGAGACGCAUGGACUUGGCCUACCCGCUCAUCAUGGGUUCCAUCCCCAAGUCACAGUCCUGGCCUGUGGGAGCCAGCUCUGGCCAGCCCUGCUCCUGCCAGCAGUGCAUCCUGGUCAACAGCACGAGAGCCGCCUCGAAUGCUAUUCUGGCCUCUCAGCGGCGUAAGGUCUACGGAGGAACAGCGGGCAACCCAGGCACUACAGGAACCCUCACUGUAGUGCGGCAGAGCAACACCUUUGCUGGAACCUCCCUCUGGUCUCAGACAUCCACCUCCUCCUCCGCCACCAACAACAAUAACAUAAGUGUUGGAGGUGGGCAAGCCAAAGCUGAACAGGUGCAGUUGCCACUGUCCACUGCCAACUUCCCCUGUUCCCCCGUGAUGCCAUCUCUUUCAUCCGCCCAUGGCCACCACGCUCUCACCAUCAACGGACAGAACAACCUGAACCGGCCGGGCACCCAGCGCAUUUCCAUGGGCACUGCCAGAGGAGCCAUUCCACCAGGGGUUCCUGCACUCCCAGUAAAGAACCUGACUGGAUCUGGACCCGUGCACCCAGCACUAGCAGGUAUGACAGGUAUCCUGAUGUGCGCUGCAGGUCUGCCGGUUUGCCUGACUCGGGCCCCCAAGCCCAUACUGCACCCACCACCCAUCAACAAGAGUGACAUGAAGCCUGUGUCAGGGAUCAACGGCAUGCGCCGCAAAACCAAGAAAAAGCACCUGAGGAGAGGAAAAAACCCAGAGGAUGUGGUGCGAAGAUACACUGAGAAGAUCAAAGUGAUGCCAGAUGAGGAUUGUACCAUCUGCAUGGAGAGGCUGGUCAUGUCAUCGGGCUAUGAAGGCGUCCUGCAGCACAAAGGCAUCAAGCCAGAGCUGGUGGGCAAACUUGGCAAGUGUGGGCACAUGUACCAUCUGCUGUGCCUGGUGGCCAUGUACAACAAUGGCAAUAAGGAUGGCAGUCUUCAGUGUCCAACAUGCAAAACCAUCUAUGGGGAGAAAACAGGCACCCAGCCUCCUGGGAAGAUGGAGUACCACGUCAUCCCCCACUGCUUGCCCGGCUACCCAGACUCAAAGACCAUCCGCAUUGUCUACGACAUUCCUGCCGGGAUCCAGACCAAUGAGCACCCCAACCCCGGGAAGAAGUUCAGUGCCAGAGGGUUCCCUCGACACUGCUACCUCCCCGACAAUGAGAAAGGCAGGAAGGUCCUGAAGCUGCUGAUCAUGGCCUGGGACCGACGCCUCAUCUUCACCAUCGGCACGUCCAGCACCACGGGCGAGUCAGACACAGUGGUGUGGAACGAGAUUCACCACAAGACAGAAUUUGGCUCCAACCUGACCGGCCACGGCUACCCCGACCCCAAGUACCUGGACAACGUCCUGACAGAGCUGUCGGCCCAGGGGGUCGGCGAGGACAACCUGAAGGACUGAUGGCCAGCUGAGCUGGUACAAAGGAACACAGCCCGCCAUCUCCCAGAGAAUAGGGACACUGCAUGAUGGCCCAACAUGCAGCUGACAACUCUUUACUCCCCUCAAACAAAAAUAUCCACAGAAGUGGUGGCACAAGAGCAACGGAAGCAAAAUAAAUGUCAUGGUUAUGAUCAAUGUUUUGAUUUGUAUAACCUAAGAUUUCCCCCCUGCUGUCUCUUGAUCCAUGCCUUGAGCAUGUGGUGUUCAUGCCAAAUUUUUUCAGAGGGUUGAAGAAUGUAAAGACAAGGUGAGAUUUCUGUCUUGAUGUUGGUAGCUGCUGGUAAAUGGUAUUUAAUCCCUUUUUAGAUUAAACUAAAGCUGUUCCUCUGCACUUAGAGUAAAAUGGUGAGGGGCCAAACCAUACAAAGGCAUAUUUGUAAAUGCUGAACUCCAGAAUGCAUGGCCCAGACUAACGCUGCAUAAUGAAUAUCAGGCGAAUAUCUUCGAUAGGGUGGGGUGUCGAUAGAUCAGUUGUUGUUUGAUAUUGUGAAGAGAAAUUUAAGAGAAUUUCAGCAUUCAGGAUUAAUCCAAAUGAAUCGAUUUUGUUGCUUCCCCCGUUUUCUCUAAUAACAAAUUAUUGUCCUGUAACAAGUGGUGAAACUUGGUUUUGUGAUUUGAAGGAGAGGAUUUUGGCUUUUUGGUGAUGUGACGGUAAAGUUGCACUGGGCAUGUCUGACAUUUUCCACUUCUGAUAACUCAGGUCAGUUGUUCUGUAAAAUGGAAGUGUGUUUGGUGGUGCAUGAAGUAGAUGAAAUAUUAGUGUUUGGUAAUAAACGUAUGUUGUAAGGUUAACCUUGUUGACUGCCUAUGAGAGGAGACAUGAAAUAGAUGAAACAAGCAUCUUACCAGUCAGUUUGAUGCGUGUUACGAGGCGUUGUAACUUCAAAGGCUGAGGUUGUGAAGCAAGAUUUGCUAUGCCCCAAGGUUAAACUCAUUUCUUUUGUUGACACACUGAUGACGCUGACCUCUGUCUGCAUUAUUUUUCUCCCUGUUGGAGCAAACCCAGGCAUUGGCAUGAUCCAUCAUGCUGACCAUAAAUGAGGGGUGAGUGUGUGAUUGCAUGCUCUGAGGCAUUAAUAUGCUGGUUUUGAGUCCUUGAGGAGAAAAACUGAACACAGAUGGACGUUGCUCUUUCAAACACCAACAGUUUCCCCUUGGAGAUGCAUUUUGGGCGGCGCUGCUGCUCACCUGCGAUCUACAAAUCUCUUGUGAGCUUGUUUGCUGCUAGGCAGUACACUGGGCUCCACUGCCUGUAAUGCGGGCAGUGAAAUAUCUCAUUCAAUGUGUGAGCUCACUCAGAGUUGUUAGAGCCGAUCCUGAUGUAUGGGCUCGCCCCCACCUUCCUUCUCCUUCAUUCUAGGAACCAUGAAAAUGUUGGUCUAGUAUGUAGUUGGCUUGGAAUAAUUUUUUCCUGCGCUCCUCUUUCCCCCUCAAAUUUUAUGCCCGUGAGCUAAUGACUUUUUGAAGGUGCUUCGUGGAGAUCUUUUGAUGUUUCUUCACAUUCAGAUAAAAGAUAACCCAGUGCUGCAUAAUUCUCCAUAAAUAUAUCUGAUCAAUUUUAAUAAGUGGGGGAUGUUGAUGUAAGGUUUAUCAUGUGGGCACCCAGCUGUGAGCUUAACUUUAGAGUGAAUCAUAGUCUUCCAUAGCACUUUGAGGCAACAGUUUUGUUUAAUCAGUCAUUUAAUUUUUAAUGUCUUAAAUUGCAACUAAAUCUGUGUUUUUUAAGUUGAUGUUUAUAAACUGGCUUGCAAUGCUUUGAAAAAUAUAUAUGAUCUACAUUUGCAGAUGUGAUAUACCUUUAAAUUCAAGCUCAAUUUGAGUCGAUGGUGUAAGUUUAAUUUAUUUUUAUACUCUUCUAUAUAGAAAAUAUAAAGACUGGCCCACAUAUCUAUACACAGUUAUAGUUUAUGUUAACACAUAAUACAUAAAAUCUGGCAAAGAUGAAUUUGUCAGUAUGUCAGGGACUGUUGAAAUAUGUACGACAUGUUGUGGACGUCUUAUAUUACAAGUAGUCUUAGCAUAUGCUGCUGUCGUUACCUUAAUGUAGAAUCUGUGUAGUUGAUCCCCUGUGGGACUCCCAAUAAAUACAGUAAAUGUGUCUUUAUUAUUGUUGGGGGAGCUUUAGCAGCAUGACGAUGGCCGUUCCCCCCAAAUGGCCUAUUUCUCUUUUUCUACUUGUCCAGAACACGGGAAUGGAUGCAGUCAGCAAUCUUUGUUCAGUUUGAGGGUGAAAACAACGCGCCUGGGUUAAAGAGAAAAUACAAAUAAUUCUUGUAGUUUGUUUUAGCUAAUGGGAGCAACAGAUUGGUGGGAUUUACCUCAGUCAGUUGUCAAUCUAAGUACACUGAAUUACUCUCUUACUAGGUCUUAUACGAACACACAAUACAGUUUUCACAUUUCUACGUUUAGAAUCUGUUUUCGUUAUUUUACAUGAGAUUUUUGAAUCUCUGAAUGUAGCCAGCAAUGUCCGUUGCUAGCUACCUACAAACAUUCGCUUUAAGCUAAAUCUUUUAGUGUUAAACGCUUAUAAAAAUGUUUUUCAAACAUAAGCUUUGAUUGCUUCAUAUUCAGUCAUAAGUAUGUAAUGUUAUAAAGAAAUAAUUUGUUUUCAGGGGCUUUGAACUACUUUUCCAUGUUAAGCUUCAACUUUCUGGCAACCACAUAGGCUAAAACAAACCACUAAAAGUAUUUGUAAGUGUGAUUUUGACCCAGGUGUUGAAAAAGGUAAUUGUUUGGCCUGUUCCAUCUCAAGAUUUCUCCUUCACAACCUUUUUGACUCCCUUUAUAAUACGGGACAGCAACAGAGAAUGCUUCCAAUCUAUCAGGGAAUUUCUUUCCGUGUUAAGUGAAGGUUCAUUAACCAGAGAAAUCCAAAUGCUUGCUUCUUUGACUUUUCCUUUCCAUGUGUCGGCCUUGUAGUGUUAAGAUGCAGGCCCUUUAGACUUUUCAGGUGUGUACAGACUUAUAUGAGAAUGAUAAAUAAAACAUGGUUUGGUAUAUGUCUGAUUAAGAGAGCGAGAGAAGUGUCGUUUAUGCAAUUUACUAUUUUUAAGGUCUAAUACAUGAUUUUUGUGUAGCAAGAAGGUAGAUUUUUUGACAACAGAUGUUUUCUUUAUGGGAAGCCUACCUCCAGGUUUCUAAACAAGGGGGUCGCGAUCUGAGGAAGUUCACACGCUAUGUAUUAGAACAUAUAUUUUUGAUGUCUUUUUUUGAAUGAUGAUUGUCUCUAACAGAACUAUAACAUUGCUGUAUUACUCUUAUUAAGAUUAAUUCCAUACCCUUUUCCAUUUGAUUAGAAGUGGGAUAACGGAUGAAAUCACUUUGUCCUAACAUAUGAAGUAUUUACAGUUGUAGGCUACUCUGUCAUGUUGUCAACUGCAAACUGUACUUCUCUCUCUAAAUGAUACCUUAACAUUUUCUGUGGCUUUACUGUAUGUUUGUAUCCGUUUGUCUGUGUGAGUGCGUGUGAAUGUGUGCCGAGUGUGCGUCUAGUAAACAAAUUUUAGGUUCAUGUCCUUUAAAGAUACAGUAAUGUUCUCCUAGAGGUGCAUGUUAACCAAACUGUGAGCAAGUUUAUUGAUAAUACAUAGCUUUUUGCGUAUGAAUACAUCAUAGCUUCUUUAGAAACGUCACCCAGGUCUUCUGGUGAUUUAGCACUGUGGUUUUGCAUAUUACUCCAGUUAGCCUAGCUAUAAAGGUUUUUUCCUCCAUCAGGUUUGAUUUACACAGAUGGGGACGAGACGGCGUUUGGCUGCUCUCCUCGCUCUUUUAACAACUUGUAAAACAUCGGAAAGGUUUUGCAUUUUAAGUGCCCAUUUUAAUUGACAUUUUCAAAUCAUGAUUUCUGUGAUGUGGUUUCUUUUAAGCAGUGUCAACAUAUUGCAAUUUAAAAUGGUUCACAAAGAGAAACUGAGAUCAAUUUAAAGCAAGAUAUUGAGACACAUUGAUUAAACUAUAAAGGGCUUAAUCUAUCAGUCGUUAUUGAAUUGUGACCUUGUUGCAUGUUUGUGCGUUUGCUGUGGAAAAAUAAAUGUGCCCUCGACAAGGGUAGUUUGUUUGA